AUGGUGGUUGAAAACUACCAAGUGAAAAAAGUUGAGCACAUCCCGGGGCCUUCAAUUGCAGGGCAAUCGACAGCUUCCAAAAAUCUAAUGAAGGUUAUGGAUUUGUUGAGUGAUGAUGAUGGUGCAAGUAGGAUCGGCGUUUGGGGUAUGGGCGGCGUUGGCAAGACUACUCUGGUCAAGAACCUGAACAACCAGCUCGAGACCGCUGCUUCUUCUGCUCAGCCUUUCAGCAUCAUUAUAUGGGUCACCGUCUCCAAGGAAUUGGACUUGAAAAGGCUCCAAACACAACUCCUGGAAAGAUUGAAUUUGGUGGUAAAAGCAGGGGAAAGCAUGGAGAGUACAGCAAGCCAACUUCAUGAACGACUUCAAAAGGAGAAAAGAUUCCUCCUCAUUCUUGAUGAUGUUUGGGAGACAAUUGAUUUGGAUUAUUUAGGUGUCCCACAAUGUGAUGAAUUUCACAUGGGACACAACAUAAUUUUGACCUCUCGCUCUUUGGAUGUUUGUCGGUAA